AUAAUAGUAAUGUAGUACUAUUAAUUUAGUAUCUGUAUUUAAUAAAAAAAUAACAAAAGAUUCUAUAAAUUACCAAAUGUAGUUUUAUUUACAUAAAUAUUUCUGUUCAGGCUAACGUAUAAAUAAUUUAAAAAAAAACCUAAAUAAAAUUAAAUUUAGAUUAAUUUGGAAACUGGGAAAACAUCAUAAGUAGUAUUUUCUAUAAACAAUCAACAGUAAUCCUGGGAGGCGAGAUAAAUAAAGUGCAAAAAAUCCAACAUUUUUUAUUUUAGCUUCAAAUUAUGUUACUUGCAAAACUGCAAUUAUUUGAAAUCUGUUGCUCAUAAAACUAUUACAUUUACAAACUAAAUCUUACUGAUUAGUGUUGCAAUAUACAUAUGUCCAUGAAAAGAUAGGCAAAGGUUAAAGGGGUUAAAGCGAGGAAAAGGAUAAUCUAACAUAAAUUUUAUGGAAAUGUAAAGAUUCUCUAAACAACUAUUUACAAUUUACUUAUUCAUACUAACGAGAAGUUUAAGCCACUAAUGGCGCAGAUAGUUGGAUGCUUAACAUUAAACUAAAUAUAAGAGAAUGUUCCAAAAAAAAUCCAUCCACUUCAACUGCCACUAUUACUAUAACACUUUGCAAGUCAAACCGUAAUCAGCAUCCCUUUAGAGUAGUUUUGCAUUCACUAACUCGUGCUCUUCCUCAGUCUUUUUGUCGAAUAAUCUUUGGUUGCACAGCAUUUAUUUUUUGUUGCUGUGACGAACAACACUUUAACUCCAACAAUUUGGAAAGAAGAAAUGAAUAGAAAAUGGGAAAAUUACAAGGAUUUACACACACUUCAGUGAUUGAGAUGGCUUUUCAACGUAGUUACAGUAAAGUCUGGUGGGGUUCCGAUGAUAAUCAGUUACCCGGCAUGAAUGUCGUGAAUUCAGCCAACCAGCACUUGCUGAACACAAACCCAAACACUGUAAGUUUAACAAGUGGUGGCUUAUAUUCAUAUUUUAGUCAACAGCAGAAUCAGCAACAGCAACAUAGAAGUCAUCAUCAACAGACACAACAACAGUACCAACAAUUUGGCGGCAUUGCAUACCACUCCUUGGAUUUAAAUCAGUUCAAAUCGUAUGGUGGCAAUUUAUCGCGUAUUCAAGAAGUGGAAGACGAACAGAACAUAUCAAAAUUGUCUUGGGAAAAACAUGAUAGUCCUGGCAGCUUGAGAUCACAAGAUUCCGGAUUUUCCGAUAAUGAUGAAUUUCACAGUACUCGAAGCUUAAGUGGUCGAUCUUCGAAAACUUCAUCUCCCAGUAGCAAGUCAAUGAGAAGUUCAAAGAGUGACAUUGGUUCACCGACAUCCGUGCGAACAGUUGAAACACCGCCAACAGUGAUUAGACGUACGGGAAACUCAGAAUUUUACACACCACUGGUCAAUGUAUCUAGACGAAUUUCAUUCUCAUUCUCGACAACACCAAAUAAAAAUACACCAAAACUUGAGGACGAUGAUGGAUCAUCUUUAAUGGCUAAAUUGGAUAGUAUGCAGUUGAUGGCAGAAUCGCCUUUAGCUAAGAAAUUGGACUUUGAUGACUCAAAAACAACACACAGCAGUGAUGCUGUAUCGCCCAUUAAAGGAAAUAAUCCUAGAAUUAAGAAACGCAGAAAGGUUCAGCGUAAAGCUACUUCACCAUUAUCAUCAGCCAAUAAGCGCAUUCAAAAACUGAGCAAUGACAUGGAUGAAGAGGAUAGUGAUUUGGACACUUCAAUGGCGGUACCAGAGUACAAUAACGAAACAGUAUAUUUAGGUGGAGCGCCAACAUGUUCCACACCACCACCACCAUACAACAAUGAAACUGUUGUUCUUGGUGGGCCAAUGGAAUCCAGUUAUAAUAGCACAUUAAAAAUGGAAGAGCAAGGAAUUUCUCCCUUACGUCUAAAUGCCAGAUUCAGCGGCAACACCAGCACUCCGAAAAUAUCGAAAAUAAAUAAACCCGCUUGCACUCUUCCCCCAUUAUUUGCAUGUCAAGAAUACGACAAUACGCUAUUGAACGGACAUGCAGAGGAUGUGCAAACGUGGUUGGAUGACCUGCGCAUGUCCUAUGACCACGAAGUAAUGUCCACACUACAAACAAAAUCGAUAGCACAGGAAGCUUUUAAAAACCUAAAAAUCACAACUAACACAGUGGCUAAGUUUAUAAGGCAACUCCAACAGAAAGCCCUUUCCAUGCAAGGCUCGUUUGAAAAAGUAGAACGUAUGCUUGGUGGUACCCAAAAUGUUUCCCUGCACGACGCUCUAACGGGAUCCUUGCAACUAUUAGAUCAUGUUUCUGAAUUCACUCUCAUCCUGGAACGUAGAUCGGUUUUUUUUGCCGAUUCACGCUUAGAGCGAAAGCGCUACGAGGACUACUUAGAUCAAAUACGCAUGGUCAAUAAGGACACUCGCUACUCCCUUGAGAAUCAUCACUACAUCAAUUUGGAGUCGUUAUUAGAAGACCUGCAAGUUUUGAAGCGAAUAAUCCUAAUCAGCGUACAACAAGUGUAUGAGAAACUUGUGCGUAUUCUUGUGAUCAGUGUGGAAAAUGGUAGUUGCGAUCUGAUGUUGAAAGCUAACAUUAAUAUGAUAGCGACCCUUAUGAACAUCGAUUAUGAUGGUUUUGCUUCGCUCACCAAUGCCUUCGUGCAAACAGAGGCUGUAAGAACGUUACUGGUAGUUUGUUUGGAUCAUAAAUUGAGUUCUGUAAGAGCUCAAGCACUAAGAGCUUUGGCUACCAUCUGCUGUGCUCCCGAGCCGAUUGCUCAAUUGGGUUCUUGUGGGGGUAUUGAAAUUAUACGAGACAUUUUGCAAGUGUCUGGCGUUCAAAAACCAAAAAAUGACAUAAAACGGGGUGAUAUGGAGAGACGCGAAGCUGUAUCGCUAUUGACCCAAAUCACAGCUGCAUGGCAUGGUCCAGAACACAAAGUUAUUGGCUUGAAAGGCUGUAUUGAGACCAUUGUGGAAGGCCUCACUCAACUUUUGAUAUUUACUGAAUGUCCACAAACUUUGCUUUUGUGUACGGCCGCUUUAAAUAAUCUAUCACGCAUGGAAAUCACUUCCCAUUAUUCCAUUAUGUCACACGAGACUAUUUUCAAAUUGAUAACUACCAUGGAACAGAGAGACAAAGGCAUAAACGUGUUCCUCUAUGAACAAAUCGUUGCCAUGCUGUACAAUAUGUCUCUGAAUAAGAAAUGCCACAGCCAUUUGGUCAAUGCCGGUAUCAUAAAUUUCAUCACGUACGCAUACGAAACGGAAUUCUUUAAGAGCUACAAUUCUCGUGGCGAAAGCGAAGCCCAAAAACGUUGUAUCAAAACAAUUUUGCACACAUUGACACGUCUGGUACAGGACUCUGUCUUGGGAAUGGAACUGCUAGAGCAACAGAAGCACAUGCCAUCCUCCUUAUUCUUUAAACUGAACUCAACACUGGCUACAAAACAACAAUUGUCCUCACUGGAUGCAAAUUCUAAUCGUGACAUUUCUUUCCUAACCCACCAGCUAUUGCAUCAGGCAAAAAACGACCGAGAUGAACAAUUACAAAACAAACUACAUCCAGAACAAGCGGAAAAAGGAAAGAAAUUUAAAAUGCAACUACAACGUCAGGAAAGUUAUGUUUAACAAAACAUACAGACAACCUGCCCACACAAAAUGAUAUUUACUAACGGGUUCUUAAGAUGAACAAUGGACGAACUUAACAAUAACAACAACACCAGCAGCAGAAAGGAGAAUCAGCCUAGGAUUUGAAUUCACGAAUACACACAAAGACAGUGAGUGAUUCGGGUUCAGCCAGGACAGCAACGUCACGUUCAGUCAGCCACGUUUAAGCGUUUACUUAAACGUGCAGAAAAGUCAUACAAGUUUUAACUUUUUUUAUUUCUGACUCUGCUUCUGCUUUUUCCUCUAAUAUUUAAGGUUCAAUUACAACAGAAAAAUACAACUUUUAUUUAUUUCAUAUUCGCCCAGAAAUUUACAUAGAAAGAAAAUAUUUAAAAAUCCAAGAGUUGUUUCUGAACUUAAAAAAAGCAAGAAACCAGAGAGAAAGAAGUAAAAGUAUUAAAAAAAUAACAACAAUUAAAUGUACAUUCCAUUAGGAUUUGACAAUUUAUUUUAUUGAUAAAUUUUGUUUCAAGUCCUGUUUAGAGAAUAAAAUGCAAAACAAAAACUCUUAAAUAAAAAAUGUAAAAUAAAAUUUUAUAUUUCUAAUUUUAUAAAUAUUCAUAUAAAGUAUACCUUUGUAGUAUUUAUAAGCUAUAGUCAUUUUUGUGCCAAAUAUAUUUCUAUAAUUUUUUAAUACAAUAAUAUUUAUGAAUAAAUUUUAUUUUAAUGAAUAAAUUGUUUAAUGUUAAAUAAAAAAAUAUAAAGAAAACAUUU